UGGGAGGGAGUGUGUGAUGGAGAGCUAGAGGGCGAGAGAGCUGGAGUGAGAGCAAGAGAGAGAGGAGGGCAAAGCGAGGAGAGUGCGCAUGUGCAGCGCUGAGGUGCGCUCGCCUGGAACCGACGAAGGAGGAGGAGGAGGUGUUGUUGUGAACCCAGGCUGAUAAGCGGGACGCCGAGGAAAGCGGUGCGGUCCAGCUAGGUUGAAGACCCGGGCCCAGCAGGACUAAGCCACAACAGGGUGGAAGAGCAAGGAUGGGGAAAGCCGAAAGAGACGCUCUGACACACGGCGGAGGAGGCAGAGCGGCGGUGUGAAGAACAAAAGAGGGAUGCGGACGUGCCUCCACCUUGCCUCCUCCAUCUUAACAUUCUCUCCAUCUUCAUCCUGCUGGGAAGCAGAACCUACAAGCUUGUACUCCUCCGUGAAAGACCUGAACGAGGCUUAAGGUUGCCGCGCCAAAGCUAUCUGGUGAUAUCGCAGUCUGGACGAACUCCUCGCUUUUAGACUGUUAUCACUUCCUCGACCCGAAACUUCAACUCCCACCUCAUAGGAAUUUACAAAAGGGAAUUUUUCCAACAACUACGGCAAGCUUCAAAGGACACCUCCCCUCACUUGACCGCAGAAAAGGGUCAGCUGAAACUGAACCGAGCACAGGCGGACUGAACUGAAAGCGGGCCUCCACCAACCUGUAGUGUGUGUGUAUAAAUCUGUGCAUUUAAGAUUAUCUAUUGGUGCUAAGUGUGUGACUAUAAUGUAACUUUAAUAUGCUAGUAGCCAACACCGGUCUAGGAAGCUGGUCUGUUCAUUCUUAAGCUUUUGAAUUAAGGUGCUCUGGCUCAACUUAUCAACCCAGCAAGUCCUCAUAAGGACUCAGGCUGACAGGAGCUUCCACCAGAGUCGGGAGCGGAGUCUCUAAAGACAACAUGGAGGCAGUCGUUCGCCCACAUGUGCCCUCUAACGGCUGACUUGAACAUAACAACACUACCCAGUUCUCUUGCCCAGAACCUGGCAGGGGCGUCCACUCCUCUUUAGAGCCAUCCACUUCCGAAUUCCAAAUGUCUUGCCUCAGGCGUCAACCCGUCACCAUCCCGAUGGACACGGUCAAGAUCAUCCAGUCGGAGAAGUUCCCUAGAGAGUGCACGGUGCCCGUCACUCAACCUCGCUUCGCCCCGCCCCCCAGAGUGGCAUGGGACGGCGGCGGCGAAGGGGAGAUCAUCGUCAACCAAGCCUGCAGCGACCUGACGCUGGACGUGACGGUGGCGACCCCCAGGCCGGCCCCGUCCCCCCAGACCCCCGUCAUCCGCAGGGAGCAGAGCUUCUUAGCGCAGCGUAAACCCAGUGCCAACGAGAUCUGCUACCACCAGUUCCACUACAAGAUGGAGGACGUCAUCGUCAACCAGUACGUGCUGCGCUCCUCUUCCACAUCCACGUCCUCGUCAUCGUCUUCCACCUCUUCGGGUCCCCCCAUGCCCUGCGAGCCCCUGGACUGCCCCACCUGCGGCCACACCUACAACUUUGCCGGCAAGCGCCCUCGCAUCUUGUCCUGCCUGCACUCGGUGUGUGAGGAAUGCCUGCAGAUCCUCUACGAGUCAUGCCCCAAGUACAAGUUCAUCUCCUGCCCCACCUGCCGCCGCGAGACGGUGCUAUUCACCGACUACGGCCUGGCGGCCCUCGCCAUCAACACCAGCAUUCUGAGCCGGCUGCCCGCCGACCCCAACGGGCCGGUGCAGUGGGGCGGGGACGCCGACCGCAGCUGCUACCAGACUGUGCGCCAGUACUGCCAGUCGGCUUGCACCUGCCACAUCGCCAACCCGCUCUCCUCCUGCGGCAUCAUGUAGAGAAAAAGCGGGCAUCGUGGUAACGCUGCUCAGCCACACCUUUGUCGACUAUAAGCUCUCCCCUUUUCCCCUCACACACACACAUUCUGUCAAUAAUCCCUCCACAGAUGACUUCUCUCUAUAUAUUUAAUAGCACAGACGAAUACUGUGUGGGACUAACGGAUGCGGACGGUCGGAGAAAUAGUUAAUAUAUGUAUUUUACGUAUGGACUGGAAUCCUGUUCCCCUUCUCGUGUUUGGUUGGAUGUGUUUGUCAUCUCUUUUCAUGGGAAUGCCAGGGGAGGUCAACCCCUUCCCCAUCCCUUCAAGGUGAAUAAAGAUUAAAUUCAUGACAAAA